AUGAAGGAAUCGAAUGUCAAGUUCUACACCAGCUCCACUCCCAGCGGUGUGAAGGUGUCCAUUGCUCUGGAAGAGCUCGGAAUACCUCACAAACUUGAGCAUCUGGACAUCUCAACCAGCCGACAAGAGGAACCUUGGUUCCUUGAGAUCAAUCUAGAUGGCCGAAUUCCCGCAAUCACCGAUACCCUCGCAGAUGGCAUCUUCGAGUCUGGUAGCAUCCUCAUCUAUCUCGCCGAACAAUACGAAAAAAUACCACAAGAUCAGCUUCCCAGUCGAAUGCUGGUUUUGGACCCAUGCAAGGCCAAGUCAACCACUUUGUCCGCCUUCCGCCUUGCGCCUCAGAAGAUUCAAUAUGCGAUUGACCGCUACGUGACUGAGGUGAGACGGCUAUACUCUGUGAUCGAAAAGCGCCUUCAACAGUCCAAGUCUGGCUUCCUUGUCGGUGAUCAUAUCUCACUUGCUGAUAUCACCACGGUCGGCUGGGUCAUCUGGUCUGGGUUUGCUGGUGUUGACAUGACUGAGUUCCCAGCUAUUGUAAGAUGGGAGCGGAUGCUCAACGCCAGGCAUGCCGUGGCAAAGGGCUUGGACGUUCCCAAGCCUCUCAAAAUUAGAGCUGCUACUGCUGGUAACAGUGUUAAGCGGGUCGGCAACGUAGGAAGCAAGAUGGCAACCCAAACAAAAACGCGUAGUUCCCUUUCCCGUUUCCUCUUCAACCACCCACCAUGCCACCAAAACGCGCCAAAUCCUCUCAACAUUUAG